AUGCUAUUCAUAUUCCUACGAAUAGCUAUUCUUCAAGGUGUUGUUGCGUCGACAAUGGAUUUUUCUUUUAAUCGACUGUUAAAAACGAAUCAGUACAUCAUCAUAUCACAGCAGCUGUGCCAAACAAAGGUCGAAUCUCAUGUAACGAUCAAACCUGUCCGAGAUCGUUUAUUCCUAUUUCUAGUGCAGAAAUCGAUUCCUGUAUGUGACUCUCCCAUUCGUGUCCAUCUUAUUCGUGAUCCUGAGCGAAGACGACCGCCUCGAGCUCUUUACGUUGGACGCCAUCGCAACGGGCAAACAAUUGCAUUUAUUGAAGACAUAGUGGCCCCUCGUUUACCAUCUUUCAACCGCACAUCAAAUAUUUAUUCUCGUCUCAUAGACUUCGGAAGCAGACCGCACAAGUACAUGAAUCAGUACAAU